GGCAAAGCCAGGAAUGCAACCCAUAUAAAGACAGAACAGGAAGAUGAGGCAUCUGAGAGAAUCUUCCACCUGAGCGCGACGCACAUCACACUGCAGGCUGCCCUGGCCGGACAGAAAAGCAGUGGGCAGGGCAAGCGUGUGGAGACCGUUAAUGGAAGCUCUCACUCCAGUCUGCAGCACCACUCCAGUGCUGUGAAGAAAUCACAUAAUUGUGAGGAGUGUGGGAAAUCCUUCAAAUACAACUCGCGCCUCGUUCAGCACAGAAUUAUGCACACGGGGGAAAAGCGCUACGAGUGCGACGACUGCGGGGGGACCUUCCGGAGCAGCUCCAGCCUCCGCGUCCACAAGCGGAUCCACACCGGGGAGAAGCCCUACAAGUGCGAGGAGUGCGGGAAAGCCUACAUGUCCUACUCCAGCCUCAUCAACCACAAGAGCACCCACUCCGGGGAGAAGAACUGCAAGUGCGACGAGUGCGGGAAGUCCUUCAACUACAGCUCCGUGCUGGACCAGCACAAGCGGAUCCACACGGGCGAGAAGCCCUACGAGUGCGGCGAGUGCGGCAAGGCCUUCCGGAACAGCUCCGGACUCCGCGUCCACAAGCGGAUCCACACGGGGGAGAAGCCCUACGAGUGCGACACGUGCGGGAAGACCUUCAGCAACAGCUCCGGCCUGCGGGUCCACAAACGCAUCCACACGGGCGAGAAGCCCUACGAGUGCGACGAGUGCGGCAAGGCCUUCAUCACCUGCAGGACCCUGCUGAACCACAAAAGCAUCCACUUCGGAGACAAGCCGUACAAGUGCGACGAGUGCGAGAAAUCCUUCAACUACAGCUCUCUCCUCAUCCAGCACAAAGUCAUCCACACCGGGGAGAAGCCCUACGAGUGCGACGAAUGCGGGAAGGCCUUCCGGAACAGCUCCGGCCUCAUCGUGCACAAGCGGAUCCACACGGGGGAGAAACCUUACAAGUGCGAGGUCUGCGGCAAGGCAUUCAGCUACAGCUCAGGGCUCGCGGUCCACAAAAGCAUCCACCCUGGGAAGAAAGCCCACGAGUGUAGGGAGUGUGGCAAAUCCUUCAGUUACAACUCCCUGCUGCUCCAGCACAGGACGAUUCACACCGGAGAGAGACCCUUCGUAUGUGACGUGUGCGGGAAGACUUUCCGAAACAACUCCGGCCUCAAAGUCCACAGGAGGCUCCACACCGGGGAGAAGCCCUACGAGUGCGACGUGUGUGGGAAAGCCUACAUCUCACGCUCCAGCCUUAAAAACCACAAAGGAAUCCAUCUAGGGGAGAAGCCCUACAAAUGCAGCUACUGUGAGAAGUCCUUCAACUACAGCUCUGCCCUGGAACAACACAAAAGGAUCCACACGAGGGAGAAGCCCUUUGGGUGUGACGAGUGUGGCAAAGCCUUCAGAAACAAUUCAGGCCUUAAAGUCCAUAAGCGAAUCCACACCGGCGAGAGACCUUACAAAUGCCAAGAGUGCGGGAAAGCCUACAUCUCGCUCUCCAGCCUUAUAAACCAUAAAAGUGUCCACCCCGGGGAGAAGCCCUUCAAGUGCGACGAGUGUGAGAAAGCCUUUGCCACACACCGAACCCUUCUAAACCACAAAAAGAUCCACCUUGGGGAGAAGCCGUACAAGUGUGACGUGUGCGAGAAAUCCUUUAAUUACACGUCACUCCUUUCUCAACACAAGAGAGUCCACACUCGAGAGAAACCCUAUGAGUGUGACAGGUGCGAGAAGGUCUUUCGAAACAACUCAAGCCUUAAAGUCCAUAAGAGAAUCCACACCGGGGAGAAGCCCUACGAAUGUGACGUGUGCGGAAAAGCCUACAUCUCACACUCGAGCCUUAUUAACCAUAAAAGCACCCACCCCGGCAAGACACCGUACACGUGCGACGAGUGUGGAAAAGCCUUCUUCUCAAGCAGAACUCUGCUAAGCCAUAAGCGGGUUCACCUCGGAGAGAAGCCCUUCAAGUGCGGCGAGUGCGGGAAGUCUUUCAGUUACAGCUCGCUCCUUUCUCAGCACAAGCGGAUCCACACGGGGGAGAAGCCCUUCGUCUGCGACUGGUGCGGGAAGGCCUUCCGGAACAGCUCCGGCCUCACCGUGCACAAGAGGAUCCACACGGGGGAGAAGCCCUACAGGUGCGAGGAGUGUGGGAAGGCCUACAUCUCACACUCCAGUCUUAUCAACCAUAAAAGUGUCCACUGUGGGAACCAACCCUAUAACUGUGAGUGUGGGAAAUCCUUCAAUUAUAGAUCUGUCCUGGACCAGCACAAAAGGAUCCACACGGGAAAGAAGCCAUACCGAUGCAAUGAGUGUGGGAAGGCCUUUAAUAUCAGAUCCAACCUCACCAAGCACAAAAGAAUCCACACGGGAGAGGAAUCUUCCCAUAUAGUGACUAUGGUAAAUUACAGUGGCCCAUCCCAGAAGAGAAUCUAUGAGGGAGGGAAUGUUCUGGAAGGGACCAGGAUGAGGAUUCCCCUGUGGGAGGCAGAGCUUACCAAUUCUGAAAGAACUCAAAUGGAAGAAAAACCUUAUGGAUGUAUGAAUUUCUGAGGUCCUUCUUAAUGGCUUGUAGUUUCCAUAGUAUAAAUGAAAUUCUAGAUCACUAUGAGUAAUUCUGUUUUCCAGUCGUAGCCAGCGAGGAUGGCGCCAGUGUCAAGAUAGCCGAGACAUUUUGGACUAUAAAAGUAGUCCACACUGGGGAUAAAAGCUAUCAAGGAGAUGGGAUAUUUUUUAAAUUCUUAAAACAAGUAGACAUUUCUGGACAUAAAAUAUGCAGAUGAGGAAAGGACUUCAUUUAUAAAUCAGAGUCACCAUCAUAAGAUUCCUAUUUGGGUAAAUUAUGUAGAGAUACAUUACGAGUAGAAAUGUAGGAAAUUCAGGAAUAGCUUUGAAUCCCAAUCUCACUUUGACCAGCGGGAGGAAAAAUACAAGGACCCCCAAAAGGCAAAUUCAGGGACAGAAAGGCUUCAGGGAGUAUAAAUGUGUUAGUGAUCAUGAAUUAUGAUAACUGAAUAAAAAAUUUGUUUCCUUGUAAGAAAAGCAAGCAUAAAAUUAACAGGAAGUAGGAAAGACUCAAAAUGCAAAUUGAUUAGAAGAUAGUGUCACAAUACGCUUAAUUGAAUGGGUAAAACUUCUAGACUUUCAAAUGAAUCCCCUUAGUGGAUGAUAAAUGUGUGAUGUUUGAAAACAUGGAAGGUUCAGUUGUGGAGAGGAUUUAUGCAUCUUCAAUAACGGAACACGUCUUCAACAUGACUUUGCACCUUACAGAAAAAAAAUGAUUCAGGGAUUCCUAUGAAUAGAAAUGUUGGGAAGUAGGCAUUCUAUUACAAGAGCUACAAAA